AUGCUCCUUCCGCAGGCCAUGUUUGACCGCUUGAUGGCGUGCUUACAAGCCAUCCCGUUAGCCUCUACAGCACAUUUACUCCAACAUCUCUCUACACCAAUCUCAAUUCACGACACCUUCAUCAUGAAGCUCUUCCUUGUCGCCGCCGCUGCCUCCGUCGGCAUCGUGGCUGCCCGCAAUGUCCAAGCCGACAAGCCUGACUUCUGUGUGGAAGAGCCACCCGUUACCAUUACCGUCACUGUCACCCAGUGCCACCACUCCACUCCCAUGGUGUCUUCCUCCGCCGCUGCUCCACCCCCAGAGGAGACAACCACAUCCGGACUAUCUACCACUGGUACGUUCGUUGUCAUUACGAGUUCUGCUCAAGCUACUCCCCCGGGUAGCUCUGGCUUUGCUUCGUCUGCUCCAAUCGCCUCUGAGUCUGCCAAUUCCACUUCUCGGUCGGUAUCUCAGUCCGCAUCCGAGCCUAUCAAUUCCGCUUCUCAGCCGGUAUCUCAGCCCGCCUCCGAGUCAGCCUCUGUGCCCGCGACCGUACCCGCGACUGUACCUACCACCAUACCCGCGACUAUGCCCACUUUCCCGAGCUCGAAUUUGACGUCAACUGCCGUAUCCUCCACCAUCUGGGAAUAUAGCGGUACAUCGUCCGUCUCUUCAACUUCAACCCGCAAGCAGCCAGCAACUGCUACCGAGAUCCACGACAACGUUGCGGCCCUCCCUACCGCCUUUCCUGGCGUCUUCGUCGUUGGUGUUGCUGCCAUGGCAGCUCUGGCUUGA